AUGAAAAACAGUGGGAAGCCUUUCAACAAAGGGAAGUUUUCAUCUUACAAGGGUGAUAGGAAGGAAUUCAGGAAGAAAGAUGAGAAGGAGCCUCAAUCUACUCAAGGAAUCACUUGCUUCGAGUGCAAUGGACAUGGACAUGUUAAAAGAGAAUGUCCUAAUUAUUUGAGAAUGAAGGUCAAGGCAUAUGCCAUAACUCUUAGUGAUUCGGAUUCUUCCAAUUCAGAUUCGGAGGAUAGCAAGGGCUUGAAUUUGCUUGUGCAAGAACUUAGGAAGCAUAGUGAUGAGGAAUCCAUGGGAAUUGUAGAAGAAUUGGAUGUUGAAGUACAUAAAGAUACAGCCGGUCUUCGAGAGAAUUACAACUCUCUCCUUGAAAAGUCAGGAGAGUAUGCAAAGGUGGCCAAGGUGGCUGUGAAGAAGAUGAAGAAAGCAGAGGAGGACUAUAGAAGUCUUGUAGUGCAUUAUAAGGAGGCCAAAUGUGAAAUAGAGACGUUGAAUGGAGAACUGACCGAAGCCUACUCAAAGAUAAAAUUUCUUGAGCUUGAAGUGGUUCAAGCCAAUGCUAAAGUAGAGCAAGUCUCCUCCAAGAAGCUCAAUGAAGUCCUUUCUCAUCAAAGACCUUUCUCUGACAAAAUCGGAUCGAGAUACACCAGAGAAAGUAGUUCAGCUGUGAAUAUCUCCAAAGAAGUGAAAUUUGUGAAGGCCAAAGAGCCAGUUGUAGUUGCCUCUACUAUGGAGAAGGCAAAGGUUGAGAAAAAGAAGAAUGUGGCUGACCAAAGGAUGUUGAACAAGCCUCGCAACCAAUCAAAGUUCAGGUCUGAAGCCAAUGGGAGAUCACCUUCAAAAUCACAAAGAGGUUCAAGAACGAACCAUAUAUGCCAUCAUUGUGGACUUCAAGGACACACCAGACCUAAUUGUUAUAAGCUGAGAGCAUUGACUAAUGCUAGGGAUCAAAGGUCAAGAGUACCAAAAGAUGACAAGAGGAAUUGGGCUGUUGGGCAACCAAGAAGUCAAAAUGGAGAUUCCGGUGUGAUGGACAUAAUGAUGAUGAUUGAGGCAUUCACCACAUGUUUGGCAAACUUCAACAGCAGGUUUGAAGAACACAAUUCACGUACCCAAUCCUAUAGGGAUAUCACCCCAAACACACAUGAUGUGUGGGUGAAGAGGGGUACUCAUGCAUGA